AGUUGGGUAUUGGGACCCAGUGGUAGCUUGUUUGAGUCGAAGCAUCGCAUGCAAGGAUCUAGUGCUCUUUGCGAACAUUGUCGAGCGCUCCCAUUUCCUUGUAUGUUGUUAUUUCCAGUGAAUUAUGCCACCUGCGUUGCGGAUGACUAGGUACUUAAGCGUCGUUUGUGAGUUCCAGAUGUUCCUCAAUUCCCCGCCACUAUCUCCUUCUCACUGGCGCAAACUUCCCUGUGCCAUAUCCUGAUCUUGCUAUUCCUCCCUCUCAUUAUCCCAUUCUAAUUCCCUUCCCCAUGGGCCGGCACAGUCACGACAAUAAUCGCAAGUCAAGUAACAAGAAGGGCUGUGGUGAUGCUCACGCGAAGAAGCAUGACCAGGUUGUAGAAGGGACAAGCAAAAAAAAGGCCCCGCAGGUUCAGUGCACCGAAUGCGGGAAGUGGUUGUCUCAGAAGAGCGACCUCGGCCGCCAUUGGGGCACACAUUCCCGUGCAGGCCGCAAUGGCUACAUUUGUCCUUGGAACCAUGUCUGCCAGGCUCCGGAAGAGGACGUUAAAGUCAUCUUGCAACUCCACAACUUGAUGACGCAUAUGCAUCGACACGUCGUCAGACAGCCAUGGACAUGUGGCUUUCUGAUAGCAUGCGAAGUCUGGUGUACAAAGCGCUUUUCUAAUCGUGAUGACAGAUGUCAACACAGAAUCCAAGUGCAUGGCUGGAAUGACGAGAACGAGGACAAGGACGAGGAUGAAGCCAUGGACGAUCCAGUCGAACACGUCGAUGGGGUUCCAAGACCGAUUACGAGGCGCGUCCUUAGGGGACCAUCGGACGUGCAACGAGUCGCUAGCUGCCUCUACGAUCUUCACGUUAGCGGCGUGCCGGAUAUUAACUUCAAACUGCCCGUCAGAGGAGCUACCCUCCACCUUUCUCCCCAAACAGGCCUACCCUAUUACCAGAUUCAUAUUGAAGAGGACAAUGAGAUGGCGGGCAAGAAAAAGUGGUCGGGAGAACGUGCCUCGGAUGUUGAAGAAGCUUAUGAGGCUCUCAAGAGAGGCAAAAACCAAGCUAGGUCUCGUUUUCGCCGUACUAUUCGUAAUGGUUCUCGCAGGCGUUUGAUUUCCGAUAACGACGACUCAUACAACAUUUCUGGUCAUGCGCUUCCGCAACCGCCUCGCGCAUCGUCGAGUCGGAUAGCUACUAUUCCUUGGUUUGACGAUGCUCCUCACCUUUCUCACUCGGUUCCGUCCCCCAUCGGCCCUUCCCCUUCCCCCGAACCACCUCGUGCUUCAUCGAGUCGACUGCCCGCUGUACCUCAUUCCUAUCAACUCGCUCGAGACCGCUCAGAUCCCCUCCACGCAUAUUCGUAUAUGCCGCCGGAACCACCUCGCGGGUCUUCAAGUCGGUUGCUCCCCUCUCCUCGGCUUAGUGAUGUUGAUUGCUCCUACAAUCCCCUAGACUCUCCAGACACAUCACCCAAAUUUACUUACCCACCUCCCCCCAAACCGCCUUGUGCAUCUUCGAGCCGAUUGCCCGCUCCUCGGUUUGAUGACGCUCCUCAUCCGUCAUACCAACAGGUUGAUUUCUACUCAUACCCUCCACCUAGGCUGCAUCCCGCGUCGCCCUACAGGCAUGCCCCGUAUCCUCCCUCCCUCAACAUUACGCAUUCGGAUCACUAUCGGCACUAUCACCAGAGAGUUGUCGAGGACGCUUGUAGCAUUCAACGUCGUCACCUUCCUACGUCCAAUCACUCUGAUCCACUCCGAUAUUAUUCGGAGAAUGUCCGUAUCAACUCGCAUCCAUACCUCGCGCGACGUCCAAGGCCCGGAUUGACUGGUGCAUUCGCUUCGGCUCCCUCUGGUAUUCCUCUCGAACUCCCCACUCCUCCUUGGAGCCCACCGCCUGCUUGUCAAGGAGGUCAUCGUUCAUGUACGCCGUCUCCGUCUCCGUCUCUGUCACCGUCAUCCCCGCCCCCGCCACCGCCACCAGUACAAUGCCCUAUGAAGUGGACAGACAUGACCGGUCCGUCGCUACCACCGAACUUCAGGGGCUUUCGAAAAUAGACUUCCUCCUGGACGCCCUCAAACCCGUCAACCAUGUCGCUGUUGAUGUCCACUUUAUGUGCCUUCCAUAUUGAUCCUCUCAUACUAUUGUCUCUCUAUCGUCCUGUUCUCGAUCCCGUUUUUUUUUUUAACUGUGUUCCCUUUUAACGCUCUUAUUUGUCUUAUUAUUUUAGAAUUGUACCCGUUAUUUGUUGGUGGUCUUAGUCGCAUUAUCUCUCGUCGUAGUUGUGAAUCAGUUGUGUAUUGGUUGUUCCUUGUAAUUGCAUUGUUCUCAUGCUAUAUGUUAUACUUCGUGCUGAUUCCCCCCCUCCGA